ACCAUAAUUUCUAUCACUGAUGGAAACCGGUGAUGGCGGAAAACGAACUCAGCCACCGCCGGAGGAGGUUACUCUGCAACCUGAAUGGCGGCGCCGGAGCGGAAAACCGGAGAACAUCGUUCUCCAACCCGAAUGGAGACGGCCGAGGCCAAGUCCUGAACCGCGGCAACAAGAGCAACAACCAGAACCAGAAUGGAGGCGCUCAACUCCAACCCCAACCACCACUGUUUGGGAACCUGAAUGGAGGCGAUCAAGAAGGUCGAGUUCCAACCAGAAACCGUUAGGGUCAAGUUCCGGUGGCGGCGUUGAAAGAGUCAGAGACCUCAACGACUCGUGGCGUCGUGCUCCUGCUUCUGCUUCUGCUCCAGAUUAUGUAGUUCCCAAACUGGAAAGACUACAAAUAUCGAAAGAAUUACCCGUGUCGUCUUGUUCCCUUGAAAGAAAGGAUAAGGCUACACCUAUUAAAAGACCUGAUAGUGGCGGGACGUUAGCGGUUUUAACGACCAGGCUUCGGGUGAAUCAUUUCCCUGUUAAGUUCGAUCCGGAGGGUGUAAUAUUGCAUUAUAAUGUUGCGGUCCGACCGAAGUUUUCGUCGAAGGUUGGUAAGCCUCAGAAGUUGUCCAAGUCUGAUCUGUCGAUGGUUAGAGAGAAAUUGUUCUCUGAUGAUCCCGAGAGGCUGCCAUUGGAUAUGACUGCUUAUGACGGUGCGAACACGAUAUUUAGUGCGGUACAUUUACCGGAAGAGACGUUUACCGUGGAGAUCACUGAAGGAGAGGAUGAGAAGACUGUUUCGUAUAGUGUUAGCAUAUCACUUGUUAACAAGCUCAGGCUUCGCAAGUUAAUGGACUAUCUUUGUGCGCACACCAUCUCAAUUCCUAGGGAUAUUUUACAUGGGAUGGAUGUUGUGGUGAGAGAAAAUCCAGCAAGGCGCACAAUUUCUGUGGGACGACAUUUCUAUCCUUCAAAUCCUCCUUUGGUAAUGAAGGAUCUUCACCAUGGAAAUAUUGCUGUAGGGGGGUUUCAGCAUAGUUUAAAGCCUACAUCUCAGGGUCUGUCCUUAUGUGUAGACUACUCUGUUUUGGCUUUCCGAAAACAGAUGUCAGUCUUGGAUUUCUUGCACGAGUGCAUUGAUAAUUUUAAAUUGGUUGAAUUUUAUCACUUCAGGAAAUAUGUUGAGGAGGCACUUAUUGGAUUAAAAGUUAAUGUGACCCACCGCAAAUCCAAACAGAAAUAUGUUAUAGCAGGAUUAACUCCUAAAGUUACAAGGUAUGUCACUUUCCCCAUUGACGAUACCAAGGGCUGGAAUCUCUCUAAGGAUGUUAGUCUUCUUAGCUUUUUUAAAGACAAAUAUGGCAAGGACAUUGUAUACAAAGAUAUUCCUUGCUUGGAUUUAGGGAAAGGCAAUAAAAAGAACUAUGUACCCAUGGAAUUUUGUGUUUUAGUUGAUGGUCAAAGAUGUACCAGAGAGCAUUUGGGUGGUGUUGCUGCAAACACAUUGAAAGCAAUGUCAUUGGCUCACCCAAAUGAGAGGGAGAGUGCAAUACAAAAGAUGGUGCAGUCAAGUGAUGGACCUUGCGGUGGUGAUCUUAUUCAAAAUUUCGGAAUGAGUGUCAACACAACUAUGACAACCAUUGUAGGCCGUGUAAUUUGUCCCCCUGAAUUGAAGUUAGGUGAUCCAAAUGGAAAAAAUAUCAAGAUAACAGUGGACAUGGAGAAGUGUCACUGGAACCUUGCUGGAAGAUCAAUGGUGGAAGGCAAAGCAAUUGAGCGUUGGGGCAUUCUUGACUUCACCAGUUAUGGGCCUUAUAAAUACAAAUUAAGAGCAAAGGAAUUCAUUCAAAAGCUUAUUGGUAAAUACAAAAAAUUGGGUAUAAACAUGCAGGAGCCUAUUUGGUAUGAAGAAUCUUCAACGACGAUACUUGCAAGUUAUGACUUGCUAUCUGAGUUACUUGCAAAAAUAAACAACAUUUGUAAAUAUAACCAAGGUCGCCUACAAUUUCUUCUUUGUGUAAUGGCUAAAAAAAGUUCGGGAUAUAAGUACCUCAAGUGGAUUUCUGAGACCAAAAUUGGUAUAGUGACACAAUGCUGCUUGUCCAGUAGUGCUAAUGAAGGCGAGGAUAAAUUUUAUACUAAUUUGGCUCUCAAGAUCAAUGCCAAGCUUGGAGGCAGUAAUGUGGAGCUCAGUAAUAGGCUCCCUUACUUUGAGGGUGAAGGUCAUGUUAUGUUUGUGGGGGCUGAUGUCAAUCAUCCCGGUUCUCGGGACACGAGGAGUCCAUCAAUUGCUGCUGUGGUUGCAACUGUUAAUUGGCCUGCUGCAAAUCGCUAUGCGGCACGUGUUUGUCCUCAGUACAAUCGAUGUGAGAAAAUAUUGAACUUUGGGGAGGUUUGCCUUGAACUUGUUACAUGUUAUUGUAGAAUAAAUGGAGUCAGGCCAGAAAGAAUUGUUGUUUUCCGCGACGGGGUGAGUGAAUACCAGUUUGACAUGGUUCUUAAUGAAGAGCUGCUGGAUUUGAAGAAAGCAUUCCAAAGAUUAAAUUACUUCCCUACAAUCACUCUUAUUGUAGCACAGAAACGACAUCACACUCGAUUUUUUCCAGAGGGUUGGAGGGAUGGGUCUUCUAGCGGUAAUAUUUUGCCGGGAACAAUUGUGGACACCAAAGUUACACACCCUUUUGAGUUUGACUUUUAUCUUUGUAGUUACUAUGGUAGCCUAGGUACAAGUAAGCCUACUCAUUACCAUGUCUUAUGGGAUGAGCACAAGUUCAAAUCUGAUGAAUUGCAGAAGCUCAUAUAUGAGAUGUGCUUCACCUUUGCAAGAUGUACUAAACCUGUAUCAUUAGUUCCUCCUGUGUACUAUGCUGAUCUUGCUGCUUAUAGAGGACGGCUAUACCAUGAAGCCAGGGUUGGGAUGCAAUCCCAGAAGUCAGCAGCAUCUUCAUCUUCCAAAGAUUCAUUUGAACAGGGAUUGUACAGGUUGCAUGCUGACCUCGAAAACAUCAUGUUCUUCAUCUGAUGGACCUAUCAUCCACUCUUCUAGAAGUUGGGGAAAUGCAUACAACUUCUCUUAUGUAUAGACAAUGUUUGCUUCCUGGGGUGUUUAAUAUGGAUAUGAACUAUAAGUACUACUUGUAUCAUUCUUAUAAGGCUCAACUUAGAUUAUGUUUUUAAGAAAAUAUUUAAGGAGGUUAACUAAUAUUUUUAUUUUCAA